ACUGUUAACAAAGCCAUACCAAUUUUUGAAUCUUGGUAUGGUUGUGGUAUUUGCAUUUGAUCAUUUGUUUAUAAUGAUAAAAGGAAAUGGCGAUAAUGAAGAUAGCGAUACUUACCCAAAUGAUAAAUUACGUAGUAGUCAAGAGGAUUGCGGAAGAUUGGCCUGUAAAAAAAUGGAUA